UGCAUUGGCAGGUGGAUUCUUUACCACUAUGCCACCUGGGAAGCCCUAAAGAGUGCAUACAGACUCCCCAAUUUCCCUUUUCACUUUGGCCACCAGGUAGCAUGGAGGCUAAUACUAGUUUUACAUGCAGCUCCUAUGAUGGGCUUUAUGUCUUGUACAUGUACGAUGAUUUCCCCAGUCUUCUAUUUUAAUUUACUUAGUUUUUGUUCUCAAGUUUGUUUUUAAAUUUAUAUUCCACCUUUUCAUUGUUUGGGGAUUCCUAUAUAGGCACAUGCAGCCUUGGAUGCAAAUAAAUGUUAACAAAUACAAAAUCAUCAGCCUCCUCUUAGUCCAGGCUCCUCAUUCUUCAGGAGAGGUAACUGAGGUCUGGAGGGGCGGUGACUUUCUGUCCUGGGGAUGUUGCCCUUGGUCUGGGACUGGCAGCUCCGUAAUGUGGCUGGACCUGGCCCGGUCACCAGCCUCAACCAGCAGGCUGUUCAGGACCCAGGGAAGGUGGGCUCGGGGCUAAGUUCUCCUCCUCUCCUUUGCCAGCUGAGCUGCAGAGCCGCGGGGACCCCACCCGCCGGGCAGUGGAGAGCUAGCCACCGAUGUGUCUGCUUGAAACUGCUCAAGUGACUGAUGCCUUCUUGCGGGUUGAUCUCCAGCAAGGGAGCUCAUGUGGAUUUUGCCGCUUCUGAGAGGGUUCUGUAUCCAGAAUGUGAGAGAGGAUCUCAGCCCAGGCUCCCUGGGGCAACACUCUACUAAUGGAAGCGGCUCUCAGGAGUUGGAGAAUGCGUGUGCUGUGUGGCAGGGAAGGGCCGGGCUGGCUCGGAGACUCUGGCUGCAUGUCCAGCUCCUGCUGGGAGGGACAUAAUGGGAAAGCUGGGAGCCUCUGGUGCCUUCCUGAACUUGCUUCCUCACCCAUAAAUGGGGGCCCCAGGACUGUUUCCAGGAUCUCUUCUAAGCCUGACAUUCCUGCAGUGGGUGUGGGCUUUGGAUGGCAGGAGGAAGGACCCAAGUCUCUUGCCUGCCCAGCCUCCUGCUCCUCAGAAGGUGUGGGGCAGGGUCUCUGAGCCUCAGCCUCCUCAUUUUCAAUGAAAAUAUUAGCAGAAGAGCCACAUUCGCUGAGCAUCUGUGACAGGUGCUGGCUUAAGUGUAUGUGACUCAUUUAACCGGUAGUUGCUGUUCUUAGCCCCAUUUUAGAAAUAAGGAAUCAUGGCACAGAGAGGUUAAGUAACUUGUCCACCAUCGCACAGCCAUGACGUGCAGAGCCAGGACCCAGACCCAUGUGCAGUGAGAGCGAGGCUGUCACCCUGCAUCGCUGCUGUGAGGAUGGCAGGCUAUUCGUCUGGGACUCAAAACGUGGAAGGUGCUCAGUUGAUACCAGAUGUAUCCUAGUGGCCUGGACCUGGCUGUCAUCCCUUCCUUCAGGCUCAACUUCCAGCCCAUCCUUGGGCCCAGAUGCCCAAGGCCACCUCUGCCAGGCAGGAAAUCUCAUGGGCUGACCUAGAGGCUGCUGGACGGGCCUCCCACAGCACAUCAUCCUGUCCCCUGUGGUUGAGCCUGACUCUGGUGCCCUGGCCCCACUGCAGGCUAGCGAGGUGAUGUCUCACCUCCCACCAGCUCGAGCUGGAAUUCUCCUUGCCUUCAUCCUUCCCCUGGGAGCUCUCAGCACCCCAUCAGCUGGGACCCACUGCUGAGGGGCACUUCUCCCUGAAGCCUGCUCCCAGGGCCCAGCCCAAGGGGACCUUUGGAUCAGGGGAUGUGCUCUAAAUAGCAGCCCCCCAAAGCCCAUGGCAGGGCAGGGGACCCUGUUAGGUCUCAUGUCAGCUCAGUCCAGCCCUUUCUGAUCAGCUGGAGCCAAUCAGGGGCAUCCAGCAACACCUGCCCAGACCCUGGCACCUGUCACAGGUCACCCUGCCAGGAAGCCCCCGUAAGCCCUGUUGAUACGAUCCCCCACCCACCCGUGAGUGGAGCCUGGGCUCUGCCAGGACCCGUGCAGACCUCUGAGACCUUGUCCCAGCCCGCUCUCACCGCAGCCCUCUGGGGGACCGGGGUUGUCCCCCUUUUGCAGCUGGAGAAACUGAAGCCCUAGAAUAGUUAAGACAGCCAGAGGAGAGGGUGGUUCUCUGAGAGCGAUCGGGGUGGGGGUGCUGGGGAGGGACCUUUCCUCCAAAGUGAAGGAUUUGAGCCAAGAGGGGCAGGAGUCAUGUCUCCUACCCUUAUGGCAGCUGCUUCAGGAGGAUGGAGCAGUGGUUUGGAGGGGCCGGGGCUGCCCAGGGGGAGAGGAGCUGUGUUCAUACUCCAGGGGCAAGAGAAGCGGGGGUGUGAUGUGAAGGAGAGCAGUGCUGCCUGGCCCACCCCCACCCCCACCCCCCGGGACUCUCCAUUGAGCAGGACUGGGAUGGGCAACAAGGAAUCAGCAAGUGUAAGCCAGUGUACCCAGGGUAUUGAGAUGAGGGGUUCCCAUAAGGGAGCGCAGCCUGUUCUGCAUGAGAAGGGGUGGGGGGUGCUGUCAGGGAGGGUUUCAAAGAGGGCUGCUUUCCGUUGGCUUACAAAGAUGAGUAGGAUUUUGCCUGCCAGAGGAACUAGGAUAAACAAAGCACAGAUUCCAAUGAGGUGUUUUUAAGGGAGCAGCAAGUUUGGGGGUUGGGAAAGGAGGGUGAGGGAGUGUGAGGGGGCACUGGAGUGCCUCCCCAGCCAGAAGGCGGCCCUGUGCCUGUCUGUGCCUCGGAUCCCUAGGGGUUGGGGAGUGACUUCCUGCUCCAGGACUCAGAGAGGGCAAGGCCCCUGCCCAAGGCUGCACAGCCUGCCUGCCAGCUGCUGCGGCCCUUAGGUGCUGCCUGAUAGGCUUGGACUUUAUCCUGCAGACCCCUGGAGCCAUGGACGGUAUUUAAAGUAGGGAUCAGCCUGUGCAUUUUAGAAAAACAGUUUUGCAUUUUUAGAAAGAGGAACUCUGAGGAUGGUUCAUACUUAAAUCAAAGGCCUGAAUCCCCAUCAAGGAAACUGGGCUUUGUGAGUGGAGGAAGAAGGGGCCUCGGAGCGCCACUCAGGUCAUUCCACCCACGUGUGGGGAGCGUCCUGGGCAUUCACACCUGCCUGGGUGGUAGGGGAGGGGGGGUUGUCCAGCCAGGGGCAUGGGAGGCACCCAGCAAUGCUUCUGUUCUGCCGCCACUGAAGGGGGCACCUCCCCUCCCCUGAAAGUGCCGCUGGUCUGGAUGCCCCCUGCCCCAUUGAGGCCCCUGUGCCCUGGGGGAGGAGAGCCAGAGGAGAUGCUUUGCGGCCUCCUCAGACCAGGAAGUAGCCUCUGCCCUCCCCCAUCCUGAGACAUUUCCUCCAGAUGAAAUCACAUCCCCAGCAGGGGAACAGGCCCCCAUUGUGAAGGGCUGGGGUCUCGAGAGAAAGGGCGUCUUUCAGGCCCUUAAAAAUAGCAGUCCUGAGAUUUAUGAAUCCGCAUGGAGUAGUGGGGCCCAUCCUUACCACCACCCCCCCAGCAGCAGCACAGGCCCUGUCAUCAACACACCCCCACCAUGACCUGGUGGUGACCAGCUGGAGAAUCCGCUAGCCUGGGCAGGGGAGGCACAGCUCGUCCACCCGGUUCACACGCUCUCUGGCUAAGACCGCCGCUGGCUUCAUUCAGCGCUGCCAAGGCCUCUUGUAUGGUCCGCAGGUCCUUAGCAGGAGGUGAGCGUCAGGCCCGCUGAGCCUCCGCAGAGCUGCCAGCCAUGCCCGGGAUCGUGGUGUUCCGGCGGCGCUGGUCUGUGGGCAGCGAUGACCUCGUCCUGCCAGCCAUCUUCCUCUUCCUGCUGCAUACCACCUGGUUUGUGAUCCUGUCCGUGGUGCUCUUCGGCCUGGUCUACAACCCGGACGAGGCCUGCUCCCUGAACCUGGUGGACCACGGCCGCGGCUACCUGGGCAUUUUGCUGAGCUGCAUGAUCGCCGAGAUGGCCAUCAUCUGGCUGAGCAUGCGUGGCGGCAUCCUCUACACAGAGCCCCGCGAAUCCAUGCAGUACGUGCUCUACGUGCGCCUGGCCAUCCUGGUGAUCGAGUUCAUCUAUGCCAUCGUGGGCAUCGUCUGGCUCACCCAGUACUACACCUCCUGCAACGACCUCACUGCCAAGAACGUCACGCUCGGGAUGGUCGUCUGCAACUGGGUGGUCAUCCUGAGCGUGUGCAUCACGGUCCUCUGCGUCUUCGACCCCACGGGCCGCACCUUCGUCAAGCUGAGGGCCACCAAGAGGCGGCAGCGCAACCUGCGGACCUACAACCUGCGGCACCGCUUAGAAGAAGGUCAGGCCACCAGCUGGUCACGCCGGCUCAAAGUGUUCCUCUGCUGCACUCGGACGAAGGACUCCCAGUCAGACGCCUACUCAGAAAUCGCCUACCUCUUUGCCGAGUUUUUCCGAGACCUGGACAUUGUGCCGUCGGACAUCAUCGCCGGCCUGGUGCUGCUCCGGCAGCGGCAGCGGGCUAAGCGCAAUGCCGUGCUGGACGAGGCCAACAACGACAUCCUGGCCUUCCUGUCUGGCAUGCCGGUGACCAGAAACACCAAGUACCUCGACCUCAAGAACUCGCACGAGAUGCUCCGCUAUAAGGAGGUCUGUUAUUACAUGCUCUUCGCCCUGGCUGCCUAUGGCUGGCCCAUGUACCUGAUGCGGAAACCCGCCUGUGGCCUCUGCCAGCUGGCCCGGUCCUGCUCGUGCUGCUUGUGCCCCGCCCGGCCCCGGUUCGCCCCCGGAGUCACCAUCGAGGAAGACAACUGCUGUGGCUGCAACGCCAUCGCCAUUCGCCGCCACUUCCUGGACGAGAACAUGACCGCGGUGGACAUCGUCUACACCUCCUGCCAUGACGCGGUCUAUGAAACCCCCUUCUACGUGGCAGUGGACCACGACAAGAAGAAGGUGGUGAUCAGUAUCCGGGGAACCCUGUCCCCCAAGGACGCCCUGACAGACUUGACCGGUGACGCCGAGCGCCUCCCCGUGGAGGGCCACCAUGGCACCUGGCUGGGACACAAGGGGAUGGUCCUCUCGGCCGAGUACAUCAAGAAGAAGCUGGAGCAGGAGAUGGUCCUGUCCCAGGCCUUUGGGCGAGACCUGGGCCGCGGAACCAAACACUACGGCCUGAUUGUGGUCGGCCACUCCCUGGGCGCGGGCACCGCCGCCAUCCUCUCCUUCCUCCUGAGACCCCAGUACCCAACCCUCAAGUGCUUUGCCUACUCGCCCCCAGGGGGCCUGCUGAGCGAGGACGCCAUGGAGUACUCCAAGGACUUUGUGACCGCUGUGGUUCUGGGCAAAGACCUUGUUCCCAGGAUCGGCCUCUCCCAGCUGGAAGGCUUCCGCAGACAGCUCCUGGAUGUCCUGCAGCGAAGCACCAAGCCCAAAUGGCGAAUCAUUGUGGGGGCCACCAAAUGCAUCCCCAAGUCAGAGCUGCCCGAGGAGGUGGAGGUGACCACCCUGGCCAGCACACGGCUCUGGACUCAUCCCAGCGACCUGACCAUCGCCCUGUCAGCCAGCACUCCCCUCUACCCACCUGGCCGCAUCAUCCACGUGGUCCACAAUCACCCAGCGGAGCAGUGCUGCUGCUGUGAGCAGGAGGAGCCCACGUACUUCGCCAUCUGGGGCGACAACAAGGCCUUCAACGAGGUGAUCAUCUCACCGGCCAUGCUGCACGAGCACCUCCCCUACGUGGUCAUGGAGGGGCUCAACAAGGUGCUGGAGAACUACAACAAGGGGAAGACUGCCCUGCUGUCCGCUGCAAAGGUCAUGGUGAGCCCCACAGAGGUGGACCUGACCCCUGAGCUCAUCUUCCAGCAGCAGCCGCUGCCCACGGGGCCACCCGUGCCUGCCGGCCUGGCCCUGGAGCUGCCCGCUGCAGACCACCGAAACAGCAGCGUCAGGAGCAAGUCCCAAUCUGAGAUGAGCCUGGAGGGCUUCUCCGAGGGGCGGCUGCUCUCCCCCGUGGCCGCGGCCUCAGCUGCCCGCCAGGACCCGGUAGAGCUGCUGCUGCUGUCUACCCAGGAGCGGCUGGCGGCUGAGCUGCAGGCGCGGCGGGCGCCGCUGGCCACCAUGGAGAGUCUGUCGGACACGGAGUCUCUGUACAGCUUCGACUCGCGCCGCUCCUCUGGCUUCCGCAGCAUCCGCGGCUCGCCUAGCCUCCACGCCGUGCUGGAGCGCGACGAGGGCCACCUCUUCUACAUCGACCCGGCCAUCCCCGAGGAGAACCCAUCCCUGAGUUCGCGCACCGAGCUGCUGGCAGCUGACAGCCUGUCCAAGCACUCGCAGGACACGCAGCCCCUGGAGGCCGCCCUGGGCAGUGGGGGCGUCACCCCCGAGCGGCCCCCCAGCGCGGCGGCCAAUGAGGAGCCGGAGGAAGGGGGCGGAGGGGCAGCCCCCCGCAGCGGAGAGCUGGCGCUGCAGGAGGGGCGCCUGGGGGACUCGCCCAGCCCUCAGGUGCUGGAGUUCGCCGAGUUCAUCGACAGCCUCUUCAACUUGGACAGCAAGAGCAGUUCCUUCCAGGACCUCUACUGCAUGGUGGUGCCCGAGAGCCCCACCAGCGACUACGCGGAGGGCCCCAAGUCCCCCAGCCAGCAGGAGAUCCUGCUCCGAGCCCAGUUCGAGCCCAAUCUGGUGCCCAAGCCCCCACGGCUCUUCGCUGGCUCAGCCGACCCCUCCUCGGGCAUCUCGCUGUCACCCUCCUUCCCACUCAGCUCCUCCGGUGAGCUCAUGGACCUGACUCCCACGGGCCUCAGCAGCCAGGAGUGCCUGGCAGUGGACAAGGUCCGGACUUCUACCCCGGCUGGCCGCGGGGCCAGCCCCACCAAGCAGGACGACCUGGUCAUCUCGGCACGCUAGCAGCACCCAGGAGUGGCUACCGACCGUGGCCCGGGCAGAGCAGGUGGCUCCUUCAGGCUCCUGGUGGCUGCCCCUCGGGCCGGGCAGCUUUGGGGAGAGGCCCCUCCCAGGCCAGUGUCGCCUCAGGCGUUGAGCACUGCUGCUGAGCUGAGGGGUCCGCCUCCCUACCUCAGCUUAGGACCCCCCUGGAGCCAAGGCAGCUGGGAUCUGGGCCCUCCAGAUAGGGAAUGACAGGGAGGGCCGUGGAGCAGGGAGGAGGCUGCAGGGACAGCCUGCCAAAGCGGGGGGCAGGGCCGCACUCUGCCCUCCCAGCCUGACUACCCUCCAACAGGGGCAUCCUGGCACCCCCUAUUCCAGGACAGGCUAUGAGUAUGCUGACUCCCCAUCACUGCCCUCUGGCUGCUCUCCCAGGGCCGAGAUGGAGAGCGGCCCCCUCCCCACAUAUUCUCAUCUGUGGUCCAGGCUGGCAUCUGCCCUGGCCACCCCGAGAUCUGGUGCCUGCUGGCCAGCCCCAUGGGGGUAAACCCCCCCCCCACCAAGGUGGCCCGCAGUGCCGUGUAUGUUUACAGAAGCUGCUGGGCUGGGCUCAGGAUGUGUCCUGGGCUUACAAGCCCCCCUCGCCCUUGCAAUCGUGUGUUCAGCUGCCCCUUUUUAAGCAGGCAGGGGCCAGCCUCCACAGGGUUCAAGGCAGUCAUGGGGCCUGGAGGUGGCCCAUCCAUCUCUGCUUGAUGUCCCUCAUGGUGAUCCCUCUGUCGAUGGGUCCUGGGUACCCAGGCCUGCCCGCCCCGCCAGCCCAUUCCUUCCUGGUCUGCCUUCUACCCCCAGGAUCCUGGCCACUCAAAGGGUGGAGGGCACAGGUAUGACAAGCCCUGGCUGCAGAGCCAGUGCCCUGGGCAGAAGGAAGGCCCCACCAACCUCCCACCCCUUUUAAUCACCUCCCCUAGCCUCGGCACCCCAGGCCCUGGGAUCUGAAACCAAACAAGCCUCCGCUCCCCGCAGCUCCCACUCCUUGCCCCCCGCCCUGGGUUCUGUCCUGGGAGCUGGGCUCUCUCCUCUCCCACCUGCCAUGUCCUGUUGUCAGGAAGUGGGGCCAAGAGUAGGGUAUUGUGGGACCUGGCUAGAGACCCGGGAGGGCCAGGGGCUUAGCCUGAGGCCUGCACAGCCUCCACUGGAGGGGCUCCUUCCCUGCUAGGUUGGGGAAGCAUGGGGGAUGGGGUGGAGACCCUGCAUGUCCCUGGAGGCCCAGCAGGGGGGUGGUGCAUGCUGGGGUGAGGGCAUGUGUGUGCAUGUGCAUGAGUGUGCACUGUCCCUGAGGACAGGGUCGGGGGUGGCUGGGGCGCCCUCCCCACCCUCCCCGCCCUGCCUGCUGCCCCCCACCCCGGCCUGCCGAAACAACAGGCAGUGAACACGAGAGGCGCCAUGCAGCGGGGGCCACGGGACGAGCUCAGCUUCUGACACAUCAUCCCUCUCGUCUCGCCGGCCACUCCAACCCCUGGUUUGGAAGACAGGCAUGUGCCGAGGCGUUGACCGCCUGCUUGUGCCUUCAUCUCCUCAGAGGCAUGGUCCCCCCUAUUCUGGGCCCACCCACGGCCUCCCUGGGUCGCCUAGGGCUUCCCUCACCAAGACCCCCAUCUCACGAUCACUGGUAUCUGGGACCCCUGCCCACCCUGCCACGUGGGGACAGAGACCUGGGAGCUGGGCCUCCCUCACCCUCUGUGACUCCCACCCUCAUCAAUCUCCUUCACCCAUCAUCAAUCUCCUGCCCCUGCUGACUGCCCCCCGACCCCCCCUGCACAGAAGCAAGAUGGAAUCAGUGGCUCUUAGAGUUCUAAAAAAAAAAAAAAGACAAAUCAUAAAUCAGAGUAAAGUUCCAACUAGCACCCUAGCCAAUAGCAGGGGGGCUUGGGAUCUGGCCUUUUAAUUCCUCCUCCACCAGGAUGGGCCUGGGACUUCUGAGGGGGCGUGGUGCCCACCCAUGCCCAGGACUGAGCCAUCAGGGACAAGCUCCCCACCCCCAAGGCUGCAGCCGCACAGGGUUGCAGGCUUGGGGCUGGGGCAGGCUCGGACUCAGCCCUGGACGCCUCUGGGUCAGCCCACCCCUCCCCACCUCGCCCCUGGAGGAUGGGCCUGCUGCGUGUGUCUCCCUUCCUCCACACACCACACUCGGGGGGGUCUGAGCCACCCCCCUCAGCCCAGCUCGGCUCAGACCGACCCCCACUCUGUCCCCCAGACCCGCAGCACAAGGUCUCCUGGACGGCACCGGCCCGUCCUCCCAGGGGCCUGGGCGACCUCCAUAUGCAAUCAGUAGUGAGAGCUGGGCCCCACAGACACUCAUGCACUGUUCGUGCCAUCCUCCCAUGACUUUUUUUGUACCUAAUGUAUGAAAGAUCCAAACUAAUAUUGCUGUAAAAAAGAGACAAAUUAAUAUAGCUUAUUCUAUAAAUAUAUCUGUAUAUAAAGGUUUCUGUAUAUUGUAUAGAGCUGUGUAUAAACUGGAUGUAGAAGCACA